AUGGGUUUUAUCCCCAUUAUUAGUUGUUUUCCUCCUUGGCAACUUGGAGUCUCCACCUCGGUGGGUGCCACUGCUAGUUCGAUUAGCAAGUGGUGGGAUAAUUACCCGUCAAUACCAGGGAUUGGGUACGUUUUCCUUAAACUGUACCACAAUUGGGUUGGUUGUUUCCUUUGUAAUUAUAAAAACAACCACUUUUUGCCGUUUUGGGAUGAUUGUUGGGUUAUUGCCAUCCGGUUUAUCCCGGAUUUCAUUGGAAUCUUUUCCUUUGAAGUGGAUAUUUUGUUGAUGCAAAUGGGUUUGAUCCCCAUUAGUUGGAUUUUUCUUCCUAGGCAACUAGGAAUCUCCACUUUGGUGGGUGUCACUGCUAGUUCGAUUAGCAAGUGGUGGGAUAAUCACCCGUUAAUACCAGGGAUUGGGUACGUUUUCCCUAAACUGUACCACAUUCAGAUUUUGAAGACUCUCAAGAAUUUUGUGAUGGAUAAUGGGCUUAUUUUUUGGAACUUAUGGGAAAUUCAAGUGAAGAUUGGAAAGAAGUUUAAUAAUUGUAUUUUGGAGAAGAUUGGGAAGAAUUGCAUGAAGAGUAAAGCUCAAAGAUCUAAGUUGAUUGCUAUUCUUGGAUUUAGUCCGGGUUGGAGAACUUUGAAAGUUAUUGAUGAUUUAAUUGAUUUGGCAAAUGAUUCUCUUGGUUUGGAAGUUCCUUGGAUGUAUUGUAAGAUUGGCAUUUUUCAAACCAUGGAUUAUUUAUUUGAGUAUGAGGCCAUUUUUUGGAGUAUGGCUUGGUGGAGGAUUAAAAGCUACAUGAAGAUUGAAGAUAUUGAAGAUUUUGUGAGAUGGAAGUUUUUUGGGUUUGAUUGCAUUGUUUAUUUCUUUGGUAGUUAUGUUUGGUUUCACUCCUUGCUUUGGAGUUGGACCUGGAAAUGGAUUGGUUGGUUUUUGGUACGUAGAUCCUCAAGGAAAAAAUCAAAAUAUCAUGAUGAAGAGGUUGUUGUUCUUCGUUCUUUCCACUUUGAAGACAGCCCCCACAAGGAUGAAAAUGCUCCUGGGUCAAGUAAUGCUCAUGGAGGUUCUAAGUUUGUUGAAAGCUCUUCAUCUUCCACUGCCUUUUGUGUUAGCAACCACAGCAACAAAGGUAUCUUCUUCUCCAACUCUCCCCUCCAUGUGUCGAAUGAAGCUCCCUGUGAACCCUCGGUUGGAAAAGUUGGCUGUUGUGCUCGUGAUUAUGAGGCAACAUCAAGUCCUGGUCACGUAAAUGGUGAAGAAAGGGUAUCUGAAAAUCUUUUUGAUGAACCCUUUAUUGCCCCCCAUAAAGCUUCCGAAUCAGAAGUUGAAUCCCAUGCAAAUAUUAAAGCUUUUAAAGAAGUCGCUAAAAUAGAUGGUGUCAUUCAUAAGAUUCAUGAAAGAACAGAUCGUGAUAUUGGGGAUAAAGCAGCUCCUAUGUAUGCGGUUGGUGAAGAAAGGGUCUUUAAAAAUCAAUUACAAGGUUCUCUUUACUCCCCCUAUGAAGCUCUCGAUCCACAAAUUGAAACCCACACAAAUGGCGAAGCUUCUAAAGAAGCCUCUAAAAUUGAUGGAGUGGUUGAGGAUUGUUCCGAUUCCGAUUCUGAGGUUUUGGUACGUGAUUUUCCCUCUGCCGGAAUCCUUUCUCCAGUCGUUACAUCCCUAACUCCUCCCUCCGGCUCUGCGUCUGAAGCUCAUGUGUCGCUCCCUCCCUUGGUGACGGAAAAAACUAGCACGUUGGAAUCUUCUUGCGACGGUGAUGGCCGUCGGCCUCCUCCUGGUCGCCGUUCAAUUUCUCCGACUGGGAUGCAUCCUAAUUAUGGAAAAGAUUCCCCUGCUAAUAUUAAUUUGGAGUCUGCGUCUUCUUCAUCUGUCUUUGGGAUGGGAGUACAAUCGAAUUUGGAAAGUCAACUCAUCAUCGAUAAAGUAGCCGACCCCCAAGACUGUUUCUCUAAUUUGGCCACCAAUAUUAUUAAAGACCCACUUCCACUUUCGUUUGGGCCCAAUAGCCCACGCUUACCUCACCAACCUUUAUCCUUUGCUCAAGUUUUAUUGCUUGAGUCCAGCCCAACUUCAAAUGGUCCUUCUUCGCCUCAUCUUGGGCCUAAUGUCACUAGCCCAAAUCGUUUGGAUGAUGAUGUUUUAAUUAUUCCGCCGGAAAUCAUUUCUAAGGGAAGCAUUCCAUUUGAAUCGAAAUGGGACCCCGAAGUUUUCAUUGAAAAACCAACUCAUGAUCGGGUUCCCGUUUGGGUUAAUAUUUUUGGCAUCCCUCUCCAACUUUUUAAUAAAGAUGGUUUAAGCCUUAUUGCUAGCAAACUAGGAAAACCUUUGGAGGUGGAUUCGUACACUACCACAAUGUGUGAGAAGGCUACGGGUAGAGCGGUUUAUGCUCGUAUUUUAAUUGAGAUGUCGGCUAAAGAUCCUUGGGCAAAAGAUAUAAAAAUAAAAGCGUUCACGGCUAAAGGAGCCACAUCCACAACCCUUAGAGUUGAGUACUCUUGGAAUCCGAUGAGAUGCGACCACUGCAAAUUUUUUGGUCAUGGCCUUGCCACGUGCCCAAUUCACACAACUAGCACUCCAACCCCAAAGCCGAUAAUGCCCACGCUAAAAGAGGUUGAUAAUGAUGGAUUCCAAACGGUCAAGAGGACAACUAGAUCAGCUCCAAUCCCAAAAAAGAAGAUCCCCAUUGACAACCGUAAAGGAAAAGGCCCUACUAUAAAUAUCUCUCAAGUUUACAAACCAGUUUCCCGUGUAGAGCCAAAGAAAAAAAGUCUCCACUAA